UAAAGAUUGUUGUUAGUUGUCGCUCCCUCCAAAAAGAAAAAGAAACAAUGGCACCUUCGGCUCUGCCCAGUUUUUCUUCUUCAUUUCUGUUUCCUCUCAAAACCCAGAAAUCCUUUAAACCCCCAAAACCUCUAACCAUAAUUUGCAGUUCACAAGAACCCAAAAAACCCUCCAAAAACCCACAAAGACCCACUUCAAGGAACAGGAAAAGAACACCAUAUGGGACUUCUAGGAGGUCAAUUCUCAAGAAAACCUUCACUCAGGAGCAGGUCAAGUUCACUGCUGGUGUUUCAGCUGACCCUCAGGUGGGGAUUAUUGGUGGAGGAAUGGCUGGUCUUCUUUGUGCUUUGAGCUUGGAGAAAAGAGGUGUUAAGUCCACUGUUUUUGACACGGGAAUGCAUGGUUUGGGAGGAAGAAUGGGAACUAGAGUCAUUGAUCCUCAACAACUUAUAUUUGACCAUGCUGCUCAGUUUUUUACUGUCAGUGAUUCUCGGUUUUCCAAGCUAGUUGAUUAUUGGUUGGAGAAAGGCUUGGUUCGAGAAUGGCAAGGUUUAGUUGGUCAGCUUGAAUUAGGUGGCCGGUUUAUUCCUCUUCCUUCAUCACCACCAAGGUUUAUAGGUGUCAAUGGGAUGCGCCCUUUAGCCGACUCAUUGCUUUCUGAGACUUCUAUGGUCAAUGUAGUGAGACCUUGUUGGAUAAGUAAGCUCGAGCCAUUUAACGGGAUGUGGCACUUGAGCGAGAAUGGAAAACCUCGUGGAGAAUUUGAUGCAAUUGUUAUUGCUCAUAAUGGAAAAUGUGCAAAUCGCUUGCUUGCUUCAUCUGGAUUACCUCUAAUUGCUAGACAAAUGAAGAGGCUAGAUUUGAGUUCAAUAUGGGCACUUCUUGCAGCAUUCGAGCAUCACCUUCCUAUGGGAGAUGGUAACGUGACAUUUCAAGGAGCUUUUGUUAAGGGAGUUGAUUCCGUAUCUUGGAUGGCAAACAAUUCACUGAAGCUUUUGGGUUCUCAGGGUAAUGGUCCUCACUGUUGGACUUUUUUCAGCACCGCAGCCUAUGGAAAACAAAACAAGGUUCCUCAGGAAAAUAUACCAAGUCAAACAGCGGAAAAGGUGAAAACAAGCAUGCUUGAGGGUGUUGAAGCGGCACUUGGACUACCAAAAGGAUCACUUCCGAGACCUAUUUACAGUAGAGUUCAGCUAUGGGGUGCGGCUCUUCCGACCAACACUCCAGGUAUCCCAUGUAUUUUCGAUCCUCAUGGAAGGGCCGGUAUCUGCGGCGAUUGGUUAUUGGGAUCGAAUUUAGAGUCGGCUGCUUUAAGUGGCAUGGCUCUUGCCAAUCAUAUUGCAGACUAUUUACAAAGUGAUGGAGCAUGUCCUGAAGAGUUUGCUGUUGGCUUAGAGAAGGAAUUCGAGGCAAUUGAAGGACAUGAUAUUGGACAAUUUGCACUUGCUGGGGUUGAAUCAUCCUUAAAACAACACAAUGAAAUGUCAGCAUUUCAACUUGCCACUUAAAAUCUCAAUCUUCAACCUUCAAAGAUUCCUGCAACAGUCCCACAGUAUGAUUUUCUCUUUCCCUAGGAAGAUUUUGCAAAUAGUGAGAUUCAAAUCUAGACCUUCUGGACGACCGUAUGAACCAAGUGAACUGAACUACAUGUUCUUGCUCUUGGCGGCUGACAUUCCUUACCAAUGGCUCUGAUGCAAUCCGUCAGCUAUAAAUCGAAUAUCAAGGUUCGCCAAGCUCCAAUCAUCAUUUAACCAGUAAUGUUAGCCAGUUAAAUUACUAAAUUUUGGCUCUGAUCUCAUGCAAUCCGUUAUUAAUUGUGUAAACAAGAGUGCAAUACAAAUUAUAAUAUUACGUUCUCAGUUGGAAGCAGCAUAGUUAUUUGGCA